CAGGGUGGAGAAGACCCGAGACAAAUAACGUUGGAUCCAAGUAAUCCACCUACUGGUCCCUCUCUCGCGCACCAACGACACUGAAUUGCAGAGACAUUGAAUCAAACCAAAAAAAAGAAAGAAAGACUGGUAGAGGAGCUCAGCUACCAAACAAUCCACACACCCAAAAAGAAAAAAAUAAAAAUCCCUCUCCAGUCUCCUCUUCCUCUUUGGGCAAACAACUAUAUUUUCUUGUCAAAUCCCCAAGUUUAACUAAAGCCAACUCGCAAUUACUGAAAUUCCAAAUAUGUCCUCAUCCGAUUCCAGCUCCUCUUACGCUGACGAUCCCAGCCCUAACCCUUUUGAUAACCAAUUCAAAUCCCUAAAACUCGAACAAGGAUCCGAUAGCACCAUCAUACAAAAGGACGACGCUGUAGCACAGGAAGAAGGAGAGCACGAAUCGCUGAGUGAAAACAGCUAUAAUCGCCAAGAAAUGAGCCAUGAUCAAGAUGACAGAAUUGACGGUGGCGACGUCACCAGUGCUGUGUGGAGGCGGACGAACUCUGAGGUAGAAGUGGACGGGCCUUCCAGCCCUAGCAGCAGUGGAUACGCUGGCGAGAGAGGGAGCAGUGGCGCUAGUGAUGAUGAUGAUAUACACGAGGUUGCAAAUAAUGGUGGUAUCGAUGGGGUUUUUGAUUCGCAAGCUGCCUGGUUGCCUGGUAAACGACAUGUCAAUGAGGAUGAUGCUUCCAUAUCAUGGAGGAAAAGGAAGAAGCAUUUUUUUAUGUUGAGUCAUUCUGGAAAACCAAUAUAUUCCAGAUAUGGAGAUGAACACAAGCUAGCAGGAUUUUCAGCUACACUGCAGGCCAUAAUUUCAUUCGUGGAGAAUGGGGGGGAUCGUAUCAAAUUGGUUAGGGCAGGAAAACACCAGGUGGUUUUUCUCGUGAAAGGACCAAUUUACCUGGUUUGCAUCAGCUGCACGGAAGAGCCAUAUGAAUCGUUGAAGGGGCAAUUAGAACUUAUUUAUGGUCAGAUGAUACUCAUUUUAACAAAGUCAGUUAAUAGAUGUUUUGAGAAAAAUCCAAAGUUUGAUAUGACGCCAUUGCUUGGAGGAACAGAUGUUGUCUUCUCAUCUCUCAUCCAUUCAUUAAGUUGGAAUCCAGCAACUUUUCUUCAUGCAUACACUUGUCUUCCCCUUGCUUAUGCAACGAGGCAAGCUGCAGGUGCUAUAUUGCAAGAUGUUGCUGAUUCUGGUGUCCUCUUUGCAAUAUUAAUGUGCAAACACAAAGUCGUUAGUCUUGUUGGUGCUCAAAAAGCUUCUCUUCAUCCUGAUGACAUGCUGUUACUUUCCAACUUUAUAAUGUCUUCUGAAUCAUUUAGGACAUCUGAAUCUUUCUCGCCAAUUUGCCUGCCAAGAUAUAAUCCAAUGGCCUUUUUGUAUGCUUAUGUCCAUUAUCUUGAAGUUGAUACAUACUUGAUGCUGCUUACCACUAGUUCAGGUGCCUUUUAUCAUCUUAAGGAUUGCAGGAUUCGUAUUGAAAUGGUUCUUCUGAAGUCGAAUGUUCUUAGCGAAGUUCAGAGAUCCAUGCUGGAUGGUGGGAUACAUGUUGAGGAUUUGCCUGGCGAUCCAUUUCCUCGUUCUGGAUCUGUUUCUCCUCGUUUAGGGCAGCAUCAACAGCCAAGCGAUUCUCCUGAGAGAUUCAAGGAACCAUCUGUUGGGAUUGGUGGUCCUGCUGGACUUUGGCAUUUCAUAUAUCGCAGCAUCUAUCUGGAUCAAUACAUAUCUUCUGAGUUUUCAGCACCAAUUAAUAGUCCAGGACAGCAGAAAAGAUUGUACAGAGCUUACCAGAAACUGUAUGUUUCGAUGCACGAUAAUGGAAAUGAGCCCCACAAAACUCAGUUUAGAAGAGAUGAAAACUAUGUUCUUCUCUGUUGGGUCACCCCAGAUUUUGAACUUUAUGCGGCAUUCGAUCCACUUGCAGACAAGGGUUUGGCAAUAGAGACUUGCAACAGGGUCUGUCAAUGGGUGAAAGAUGUUGAAAAUGAGAUUUUUUUGCUGGGAGCAAGCCCCUUUUCAUGGUGAUAUCGCAACAAAGCAUGUAUGUAUACUAGGGUUUGUUUAUUCAAUAAAAUCCACAUUUAGUUUUUUCAAUCUCACGCUAAUUUAAGCGUGCCAAUAGUUUGCCAACAAUUUUUUUUUUAAAAAAAAACUUUUUAUAGGUUUGCUUGCAUCCAAUCGUAGAGUAGUCAUUGCAAUAUUUAUUAGAUUUUGUUCACGGCAACUCGUGCAAUAUUAAUUUUGAUUUAUUAUUAAA